AGUGCUCACGCCGCCAUGUUUGUGCAGGGCGCGGCCCUCCUUGCCCACACUGGGCAGGGACCGAUGUGCGCGGAGGGCAGCGGAGGGGCGAGAGACAGGACCCUCCUCACCAUCUCCGGGAGAAGGCAGCGGAGAGAGGGGCCGCAGCACGGCUCCGCCACCGGCCGCGGCGCUCCUUCCGCUCAAAGCAUCGCUCUGCCUUUCCCAAAGAUGGCAACGCGGGAUUCGCCCCACUCCAAGAUGGCGGCGGGGCGGCCCCGCCCCGGGGCGGUGGAGCGGCGGCGGCCGGGCUGUCCUUGCGGCGGGCCCGGGGUGCGGGGUGCGCGGCCAUGCUCGCCUUGGUGGCCAGGGCUGCGCACAUUGUCAGGUGGAAGAGGAGACCCAGACAGGCCGAGGGAGAGGUUUACGGUCUUUUCUGUCCUACCAGCCAUGGAUAGGAAGCAGAAGCAAGCAGAGAAGGCCAGGCCCUGUGGCCUGCUGAAGCAGACACCUCUAAACAAGAUCGCGGGCAGAUUCCAGCUCCACCAGGAAGCGCUGCCCCCCCUGCCCGUGCCACCGCUGCAGCAGACCCUGGAUCGGUACCUGCUGGCCCUGCAGCCCAUCAUCAGCCCUGAGGAGCUGAGCCACACGCAGGAGCUGGUGGCUGAGUUCCGCAAGCCGGGAGGCGUCGGGGAGAGGCUGCAGAAAGGCCUGGAGAGAAGAGCCAGGAAAACAGAGAACUGGCUCUCAGACUGGUGGCUGAAGACAGCUUACCUGGAAUAUCGCUUGCCAGUUGUGGUCCACUCCAGCCCAGGUGUGGUUUUACCUAAGCAGGAUUUUCUGGAUCGACAAGGUCAGCUCAGGUUUGCUGCCAAGCUGAUCGAGGGUAUCCUGGAUUUCAAGACCAUGAUUGACAAUGAGACCCUUCCAGUGGAGUACAUGGCUGGGAAGCCCCUCUGUAUGAACCAGUACUACCAGAUCCUCUCAUCCUGCCGCAUUCCUGGGCCCAAGCGGGACUCCAUCGUCAACUACGCCAAAGGCAAAAAGCAGUCCAGACACAUCACGGUCGUUCACAACUUCCAGUUCUUUGAGCUGGAUGUUUACAACAGUGAUGGAUCUCCCCUUACCGCUGACCAGCUCUUCAUUCAGCUGGAGAAGAUUUGGAACACCUCCCUCCAAACAAACAAAGAACCUAUUGGGAUCCUCACCACCAACCACCGAAACAGCUGGGCAAAAGCCUACAACAACCUCCUGAAAGAUAAGACCAACAAGGAAUCCGUGCGUACGAUUGAGAAGAGCAUCUGCACCGUGUGCCUGGAUGCCCCCAUGCCCCGGGUGUCCGAGGACAUCUACAAGAGCCACGUGGCCGCGCAGAUGCUGCACGGCGGCGGCAGCCACUUGAACAGCGGCAACCGAUGGUUCGACAAAACCCUGCAGUUCAUCGUUGCUGAAGAUGGCUCCUGUGGUCUCGUAUAUGAGCAUGCUCCCUCCGAAGGCCCACCUAUCGUUGCUCUUCUGGAUCACAUUGUGGAGUUCACGAAGAAACCCGAGAUGGGCACAUCAUCUACAGUUCAUCUGCCAAUGCCCAAAAAGCUGCGGUUUAACAUCAACCCAGAAAUCAAGAACGACAUAGAGAAGGCAAAGCAAAACCUCAACAUCAUGGUUGAAGAUCUGGAUAUCAAAGUCAUGGUCUUUCAUCAAUUUGGGAAAGGUUUCCCCAAGUCAGAGAAGAUAAGCCCUGAUGCUUUUAUCCAGCUGGCCUUGCAGCUGGCAUACUACAGGAUGUAUGGCCACGCCUGUGCCACGUACGAGAGCGCGUCACUGAGGAUGUUCCGCCUGGGCCGCACCGACACCAUCCGCUCCACCUCUGUGGACUCCCUCAAGUUUGUGCAAUCCAUGGACAGCCCUGACAAAUCGGACCAGGAGAAAGCAGACCUGCUGAGGAAAGCCACGCAGGCCCACAGGGAAUACACAGACAUGGCCAUACGGGGCAAUGCAAUAGACCGGCACCUCUUGGGGCUGAAGCUCCAGGCAAUCGAGGACCUGGUGAGCAUGCCCGAGCUCUUCAUGGACACAGCCUAUGCUGUUGCAAUGCACUUCAAUCUCUCAACCAGCCAGGUCCCAGCCAAGACAGAUUGUGUGAUGUGUUUUGGUCCCGUGGUUCCAGAUGGCUAUGGAGUGUGUUACAACCCUAUGGAGGAACACAUCAACUUUGCAAUUUCAGCCUUCAAUAGCUGUGCUGACACAAACGCAGCCCGCAUGGCACAUUAUCUUGAGAAAGCACUGCUAGACAUGAGGAUCUUGCUCCAGGCUGCUCCCAAAUCCAAACUGUAAGAGGGAACCCCCUCCCCCCCCCCCCCAGUUAAAUGGGCUGUCCCUGAUGCACUGAAGCUCCCAGUUCCUCAGAAAACAAUUCAGAGAACAGCUUGCCCUGGAACCUAAGAAGAUAGCUACCAUUUGUUUUCAGCAAGAUGUUACAGAAUAGUCACCCACAGAUGUCAGACUCUGUAGUGAGAGGAAACACUGCCUCAAACCAAAGUAGAACUGAGCAGGCCUCUCCCAUCAAUGCAAAGUGCACCUUCCUGUCCUCAAAGAGGACACAAAUAUGAUUUUUAUGAAAACUACCAUAAGGGAAUACAGAAAGCACUGUCCUUGCCAGUAUCUAAAUCCAUUUGGUGAGGAGGGUAGUUCUUGUCCAUGAAAAGCAGGGAAUGUUUAUUGUAUGACAGAACUACUGUAAAACCAAGUCUUUUUCCUGGUUUCAUCUUCUGAAGAGUAUCUUCUGGUCUUGACUGAAGAUUUUUCUACUGUUCCAGCAAAGCCUCAUCAUUCAACUUCAGCAAGGGGAAGUUAAGCCAGAGCAGAUCCAGUCUUGUUAGAGUUCACUGCACUACUUAUCCCAGGCACUCCAGCCAGUACAGGCUUUACAGCAAUGUUCCCUUCCCCUUGUUCAGGACACUGGGAUCUCCUUUGUCUUACACUGACCCUCUUAACAACAGGACAUGACUUGAUACAAACUAAGGUGAUUUUCACUGUUUCAGGUUAUUUUUGUUCUUGUUCUUACUGAAAUACUACUCCAAUUUGUGCCAGGUUUAUUCUGUGAGAGAAUGAUCUCAUAUGAUACUGUUUUUAUGUUCAGUUGACAAACUUGAGACAGUAAAAGAUUAUAUAUAAACAUUAACAUACAACAGUAGCAUAGGAACUACUUCCAACCAAUCUGUCAGAACCCAAGCUCCUGACUACACUUUUAUUUAGUGAAACCAUAUGGUAAUAAAGAAUUCUAGUGCUCCUUCUGCAGUAGGAAUUCUGUAUUUAAAUUGCACACCCUUCAAGAUGUGUCUGCUGGGAUGUCACCAUAAACAAGAAGCAUUAGGAGUGUGAUGGCCUGUUUUGUUAACAGGGAAAUAAUUGCAAGGGACAUGAUCAAAGUGACUUGAUGAACAUGUAUGAACAAAUUUGCACUAAAGCUUUUUAAAGUAAAAGAAGAAAAAAUCCAAUUUGCUUCUCAAAAUAUAUAUGCCAAUGCUUUGGCAUUUUUUUUCCUGAAAGUAUGUUAUUUCAAAGCUUCUAUCUUAUACCUAAUACAUACCUUAAAAGAGGAAAAUUUAAUUGAAACUCACCUGCACAGCCAGUGAUUGUAUUGAACUUGAUUGAACUGCCACUUUCACAUCAUCUACAUGGAUUUAGUUGAUCUUUUAGAAGAAUCCUGAAUGGAGUGAGACAGCCUAAAAACAUGAAUAGGAGCACUACAGACCUGCAAGCAGAAAUCCCUGCUCUGGUGACUCCUCUGUAUCAAUAAGACUGAAAACUGCAAGAGGAUACUCAGUAUUAUCAAACUCUAAGUGAUUGUGUAAAUACUACAGACAAGAACAAACUUUACUGGAAUAACAUCUGGAUUUAUGGAGCCUUUUACAUGGAAAAAAAUAUUCCUUUUGCCAAAGUAAUCCACCCCCCAUACUGAAUCAGCUUCUGUUACCACGGGAUGAAUUAUUUUUCCAUGUCUGCAAUGCCUUCAAGCACAAGUAGUGCCACUGAAGUAUUUGAAACUGGCCCUUUUCCACUUCUGUCUCAAAGGGGAAGGCUCUCAAAGCAAAGUGCCUAUUAAAGAUUAAACAUAAGCAUGUGCUGCUGAAGACUGUACCUCAGAAGAUUGGAUCUAUUCUGGAUCUAAAUCUGGACAUCCUACUAGCUUCAGCAGAGUACAGCUGCAGGGAGCAGACUGAAAGAGAUGCAAGAUUUAUAAACCACCUAAUGCAUCCUUAUUAAAACAUAAAGCUGAAAUUCAGAUGAAUGAAGUUGAUUUUUAAAGUGCUUGAAAGGACACUAAAAUCAUUACAAGGUUUUUUCUUUAAAAAGUCUUUUCUUAUGGUACAAGUUCUCAAAUGUGAUGUCCUUCUGGUUUGUAUCUUCAAGAUUUUUUCACUGCUGACUGACUGAAUACUCUUCUCCCUGUUUCUGACUGUUUUAUCAAGAGAUGCCCAUUGUCUUAAAGGCACAUUAAGUAGAAGAAACGAAAGUUCUAGAAAAACGACCUAUUUGGAACAAAUUAUUUCAGAAAUUCAUAGACUGAAAAUAUUCAGAUAACUCUUGGGGUAUGAGUGCAAUUUUUGACACAGCCUGAUAGUGUUGCAUGUUUUGCUGGUUAUCUGUGUUAAAUACUGUUGGGUAGUGGGAUCUAUGUCAUGCAAAGUUUGGAAAUGUUUGUUAAGUUAACUGGGACACAAUAAACAGAUAAAUGCUACAAAAAG